UUUCUCUCUUCUCUCUCUCUCUCUCUCACUGACUCAGUGAUUCUCAUCUUCUCUCAUCGCCCAACACAAUCGACUAUGCCGUUUAUCUCCGAGACUGCUAGCGCCAUCAAGCGCCGGUUCGGAUUCAACGACCGUCCCGCUCCGUCGGAGUCACUACGCGCUGUGCCUUGUACGCCGGAAGCUAACACCGUCUCGAGGGAGAAUCAAACUCAUCAGUCUUUGGUUUUCUCUUCCGCGGUUCGAAGCUUGUCUGAAUUGGACGAAGAUGGUGCGAUUUGCGCUGGAUCUGCUCAGAUUUCGAGGUCUCAAAGCUUUGAGUUCAAUGAAGAUCCCGCGUUUUGGAAAGAUCACAAUGUUCAGGUUAUCAUAAGAACACGGCCACUUAGUAGUUCAGAGAUUUCUACACAAGGCAACAACAAAUGUGUAAGGCAAGACAAUGGACAGGCAAUUACUUGGAUUGGGAAUCCAGAGUCUCGUUUCACAUUUGAUCUCGUUGCUGAUGAGAAUGUUUCACAGGAGCAGAUGUUUAAAGUGGCUGGAGUGCCUAUGGUGGAGAAUGUGGUGGCUGGUUACAAUAGCUGUAUGUUUGCCUAUGGACAGACUGGAAGUGGGAAAACUCACACUAUGCUUGGAGAUAUUGAGGGAGGAACACGUAGACACAGUGUCAAUUGCGGGAUGACACCUAGAGUUUUUGAGUAUUUGUUCUCAAGGAUCCAAAAGGAAAAAGAAGUCCGCAAAGAGGAAAAGCUACACUUUACUUGUAGAUGCUCAUUUCUGGAGAUAUACAACGAGCAAAUCCUUGAUUUAUUAGAUCCAUCAUCUUAUAAUUUACAGCUAAGGGAAGACCACAAGAAAGGUAUUCAUGUUGAAAAUCUAAAGGAGAUUGAAGUCUCAAGUGCCAGAGACGUGAUUCAACAAUUGAUGCUGGGUGCUGCAAACAGGAAAGUAGCUGCGACUAAUAUGAAUCGUGCAAGUAGUCGAUCCCACAGUGUAUUUACAUGUAUCAUCGAAAGCAAGUGGGUAUCUCAAGGUGUAACUCAUCAUCGUUUUGCACGGCUUAAUCUUGUUGACUUAGCUGGAUCUGAAAGGCAAAAGAGUUCAGGAGCUGAAGGUGAACGCCUCAAAGAAGCAACCAACAUCAACAAGUCUCUUUCAACAUUGGGGCUUGUGAUCAUGAAUCUCGUAAGUGUUUCCAAUGGAAAAUCAGUCCAUGUUCCUUAUCGAGAUUCGAAGCUCACAUUUCUGCUUCAGGAUUCCCUCGGAGGGAAUUCAAAGACAAUAAUAAUUGCUAAUAUUAGCCCAUCUAGCAGUUGCUCGUUGGAGACUUUAAGUACCUUGAAGUUUGCACAGCGUGCCAAGCUUAUUAAGAACAAUGCAAUCGUCAAUGAAGAUGCAUCUGGAGAUGUUAUUGCUAUGCGGCUACAAAUUCAACAACUCAAGAAAGAAGUAUCCCGCCUAAGAAUGGUUAAUGGUGGAGUAGAUAAUCAGGACAUGGACACUGUCUCAAUGGGCUGCCCUGCUUCUCCAAUGUCUCUCAAGUGGGAUGGGUUCAAUGGAUCAUUCACUCCUAGGAUGUCUAAGGUAAAAGACUACGAAGUUGCACUUGUUGGUGCUUUCCGAAGAGAGAGGGAAAAGGACGCUGCUUUACAUGCAUUGACUGCGGAAAAUGAGGCCUCAGUGAAGUUGGAAAAGAAAAGAGAGGAUGAAAUACGAGGGCUGAAGAUGAUGUUAAAGCUCCGAGAUUCAGCAAUUAAAAGUUUACAAGGUGUAGCUUCAGGAAAGAUCUCUGUUGAAGCACAUCUGCAAAAAGAAAAGGGUGAUCUUAUGAAGGAGAUUGAGGUGCUACGUGCUCAAGUUGACAGAAAUCAGGAAGUUACCAAAUUUGCCACAGAGAAUUUGCGACUGAAAGAAGAGAUCCGAAGAUUGAAAUCACAAUGUGAAGAAGGUGAACGGGAUAUCUUGAAUCAACAGAUCCAAGCGUUACAAGCCAAGUUGCUUGAAGCUCUUGAUUGGAAACUCAUGCACGAAUCAGAUUCCUCCAUGGUGAAAGAAGAUGGUAACAUCAGCAAUAUGUUCUGCUCAAACCAAAAUCAGGAAUCAAAGAAACUUUCGUCAAUCCAAGACGAGAAUGAAUUCCUCCGGAUGCAGGCUAUUCAAAACCGGGCAGAAAUGGAAUCUCUACAGAAGUCAUUAAGUUUUUCACUUGACGAAAAAGAGAGAUUGCAGAAGCUUAUCGACAAUUUGUCUAAGGAACUUGAGGGAAGAAUAAGAUCCUCAGGCAUGGUUGGUGAUGAAGAUCAGAUGGAGGUUAAAACAAUGGUUCAAGCCAUUGCAUGUGUUAGUCAAAGAGAAGCUGAAGCUCACGAGACAGCAAUCAAGUUGUCAAAAGAAAAUGAUGAUUUGCGCCAGAAAAUUAAGGUCUUGAUCGAGGACAACAACAAACUUAUAGAGCUUUAUGAACAAGUAGCCGCAGAAAACAGCUCCCGAGCUUUGGUGAAUACUGGGACAGAUGCAUCAAGUAAUAAUGCUGAGGCUCAGAACAGUGCAGAAAUUGCUCUGGAGGUUGAGAAAAGUGCAGCUGAAGAACUGAAGAAAAUGAUAGGAAACAUGGAGAAUCAGCUUAGCGAGAUGCACGAUGAGAAUGAGAAGCUAAUGAGUCUGUAUGAAAAUGCAAUGAAGGAAAAGGAUGAAUUCAAAAGACUGCUCUCUUCUCCUGACCAAGAGAAGCCUAUUGAAGUUGAUGGUGAUGGUGCCAACUGCUCCUCUGAUACUGAGAUGGAACUAUGUAACAAUUCUUCUGAAAAGUCUACAGAAGAUUUAAACUCAGCAAGGCUGAAACUUGAACUGGCUCGGGAAAAGCUUUCAGUCUCUGCAAAAACCAUUGGAGUGUUCUCUUCACUUGAAGAAAAUAUUUUGGACAUCAUCAAACUGUCAAAGGAAAGCAAAGAGGCUGAAGACAAAGUUAAGGAGCACCAGUAUGAGCUAGAAUCAAUCAAAACUGUCUCUGAUCAAACUAAUGCAAGAAAAGAAGUUGCAGAGAAAAAGCUGGCGGCUCUCAGAUGCUCACUGUCCAACUUUGCAUCAUCUGCAGCUUACUUUCAACAGCGAGAAGAACGGGCAAGGGCGCACGUAAACGCAUCUUCCGAUCAUCUAAACCAGAAAAUUGAGAAACUUGAUGUUCUCCGUUCUUACAAAAGAGAAAUCGAUGCUGCUAUGGGCAAGAUCCAACAAUCCGAGGCAGAGCUGAAGAGUAACAUUGUAAUGCUGAAAAUAAAAGUGGAUGAAGAGAACAAGAGGCACGAGGAAGAAAAGGUUCUUUGCACGAUUGAUAACAUUGAGAAGAUCAACACUCCUCAGCGAAACACUCUGCGUACAGGCAAGGCCACAGAUUUGCUGAAAUCAGAGGAAGAGAAAACAAAGCUCCAGUCCGAGAUGAAGCUUUCUCGGGAGAAAUUGGCCUCAAUCAGAAAAGAAGUUGACAACAUGACCAAGAAGUCCUUGAAACUGGAGAAGGAGAUCAAAUCCAUUGAAACAGAGAUAGAGAAGAGCUCAAAGACGAGAACCAAAUCAGAAAUGGAAUUGGAGAACACAAUCCAAGAGAAACAAACUAUUCAGGAGGUGGAAGAACAAGGCAUGUCUGAAAUACAAAACAUGAUAAUCGAGAUUCACCAGCUUGUCUUUGAAUCAGAGCUGAGAAAAGAAGAGGCGCUGAUAGUAAGAGAAGAGCUCAAUGCAGAGGAGCUUAAAGCGAAAGAUAUGCACAAAACUACGAUGGAGAGAGUCGAGAAUACGUUGCAGACGCUGGAGAAGAAUAACAAUGGCAUAUCAGGCAAGAUUAAAGAAGAAGUAGAGAAUGUUUUGGGUUUGGUUCACGAAGCCACGAGGUUGCUUGACGUUUCUCAGUAGUAGAAGUGACAUGACUCGCACGUUGGAGAUUCUGAUUGCUGUAUGAAAUAUGAAACAUUAAGACAUUUAUUUUGUUAGAAGCUCUAUAUAUUUUAAUAUAUGGAAUCAAGGGAAGUACAUCACUUCCUUACUUCUCA